AUAUGUCACCUAGUUAAAGGUGAUCUUAAAAUAUUGUGACAACUGGUCCUGUAUACCCCGCAAAGAAUAAAUGCGUGAUAUGUGUAAUGUGUAUUUUAUAUAAUAAUAUUUUAUCCUCCAGGGCGCCACGAAAAAAUCUGCAAAACCAUAUAGGGCCCGUAGGAGCUGGCCAACUACUAAUAGUCGUCAGAAUGAAGACAGACAAAUUGAUGAAAAUCCAAAUUUACAUGUUCAUUAUUUUAAAAAAGGCAUGGGAUCCAAGUUUCAACGUGGGAUAACAUCGGGAAUGAUUCCUCCCUUCUCUUUGAGCCAAAGGUAUGACGUAACAGAGCUACACAAAUACUUACUUUCGUGGAAAAUACUAGAAGAACACGAACGAGGGACUUUGCUAUUGGCAAUAAUCAUAAAAGCUAUUUCUCUGAGCCUCAGUAAAUUUCCAGUGUUGAACAGUAUCCUGUUCUAUGAAGACUAUUACACAAUAAAAAGUAAUCAUGACAUUAGACUUGUCACAUGCGUCGAAAAUGCAAACACGAUGAGGAAAAAAAACAUCGCACCCGUGAUCAAGGAAGUAAACAAGUGUUCAGUUUUUAACAUAGGACAACAAAUCACCAAUCUGUCACAAAGUAGUCACUUAGACUCUCAUUAUAUGGGAACAUUUUCAAUUUUGGAUUUAACAAAAAGUAAAGUAGGAGUUUGCAUGAGGCCUGUAAUAUUUUCACCACAAAUCGCAACGGGAGCACUGAGUGGAAUUGAGAUGGUGUCUCAGCCCAAUGAGCAGACGAGAGCGUACAUCACUGCGAGCUGGUCAGUAGACUAUCGAUUUAUUGAUGAAUUCGAAUUGGCGGAAUUCUCAAAUUCUGUGAAAUAUUUUCUAGAAUCCCCCCUAUCAUUGAUUGUUCAAGUUUAAUCAUUAUCUCAAAGAAUAAUGAAUUUAUCAAAACAAUGUAUAAUUUCUUUUACU